CAUAUAUGGAAUGAUUUCCAUCUCUAUAAAUAGAGCAACACAAACACACUCACUACCAAAAAAAGCAGGACAGGAAAAUGGAAUCCAUCCUUAUAUUGUCCUUAAUGGUGGCCGCAGCAAUGGCGGGCGCCGGGGCCAUAGACCCGGGGCAGCUGAACUCGCCGCAUGACUUCCUGGAGGCCCACAACCGGGCGCGGGCGGAGGUGGGGGUAGCACCCCUGGCGUGGAACGAGACGGUGGCCGGGUACGCCCUCCGGUACGCGUACAAGAGGUACGGAGACUGCGAGAUGGAGCACUCGAUGGGGCCGUACGGAGAGAACCUGGCGGAGGGAUGGGGGCGUCUGUCUGCGGUGGACGCGGUGGGAAUGUGGGUGAGCGAGAAGUCUUGCUACGACCACAGCUCCAACUCCUGCGUCGGAGGGGAGUGCCUGCACUACACGCAGGUCGUGUGGCGCGAUUCAACCCAUUUGGGCUGCGCCCGCCGACAGUGCCGCAACGGAUGGCUCUUCGUCAUCUGCAGCUAUGAUCCGCCCGGAAAUUACAUCGGCCAGCGUCCCUACUAGAACUUAUUACUACUUGUCAAUUUAAUGCAUUAAUUAUACACCUGUUUCAGCGGCUUGCUUAUAUAUUUACUACUAUUAUGAUGUAACCUUAUAGUCUUAUGUUUAUGUUGUACUAGUGGUGUUAUAUAAAUUGUUGUUUUAAUUAAUGGUUAAGAGGUAAACCAUGUUGUUUUA